GAGAAUUACUGAUGAUGAGCAUCUAAUGUAACAAGCUGCCCCAGCUCUAUUAUACACAUACAGCCCGAGCUCUAUCCCUGUAGCACCAGCAGCUCGGCGUCUCCAUUCAGGAAUAAGGAGAGGGCGGAGAAAGCCACCUAAACUCAUUCAUCACGUUCCCAUGACGUGUCCGUCCGGGGGAGGCGCUAGGAGGUGGGCGUGGCUGUUGCUGCUGGUCGCUGCCCUGGGUGCUGAAGCUGCUGAGCGGAGGCUGGAGGGAGACCGGGACUGGAGAGAGAGAGAGAGAUCCGAGCGCUGCUGCCUCCACCCCUCCCAUUCCGUUCAUUGGCCCCGUCCCUCUCUGCUGCCCCCACAUGUCUCACCCCCCGCACUGCUCAGACUGAUGGAUUAGCCGGGACUAUGGCAUCUGUGUGUGUCGCUCUCCUGCUGCUUCUCUGCUCCGCUACUGCUGCUGCUUCUUCUUCUUCUCUCCCCCGGGGGGUCACGGCUGACAAGCAAUUCGGUUGUUUGUUUGAAGAAGACCUCUGCAAAUCAUUUGAAGUGUGCCUGAACGAUGGCGUGUUUGGAAGAUGCCAGCGGUUGCCGGUGAUAGACGUAUUUAAGUAUGAAGUUUCACCUGCCGUUGUCCAGCGUCUCCAGGCGAUAUUACAGAAGCUUUCACAUAAAGGUUUAACUUGGAAGGAUGAUUUUACUCAACAGAUCAUUGCCAAGGAAUUAUCAAAUAUCCGCAAAAUCUACAACAGGCAACCUGAUGCUCUUUCUUCUGAAGGUUCCAGCACAUCAAGGACUUCACAGAUAAAUGCUGAAAAUAACAGAGAUCAUGAAACAGAGAGGAAUGCCAAUUUUGCCAAAUCGUUUCACCAAUACCUCCAGUAUCUUGGAAUUCUUCCACAGCCAGCACUGCCAAGUUUCUAUCCUAGGACCAAGACGGAAAAGCCACUGAUAAUGAAUGAUAAUAUAAAAUCCGAUCGGUUUAUUGACCGUAUAUUCCAGAAAUCGAAAGGGAAAUCGCCCACACUUUCAUACUCUACAGAGCACCUUCCUACGAAUACUUUGCCCCAACCCUUACCAUUACCAGGCAAAGUACCUAAAGAGCUGGACCAAGAGAAGAAAUCCCUCCUUAUUGUGCUAAAAUCUUACCUUGCACAAAAGACAAUGAAGCACAAUUCUGAUAAAACCAAUCCUAAUGGAAGAGCAAAAGUUUCCUUAUCCACCCCUAACAGAUACCUUUCCAUACCCCAGAUGAAUCUACUAGAUAGAGUGCUUCCUAAAGAUGAUAAAGGAGAUGCUUUCAAAAUAAAGUCUUUCCUUCAGAGGCCGAGAGCUAGAGUACUUUCAAAGCCAAGUCUCGGAGCGCUGAUCUAUAAAUCCAGUUCUCGUCUGGAAGACCCAAAGGACCCUCUGAGUGCAGUGGAUGAAACAUUCAUCCAGAACGUGGUGAAGGAAUUAGGAAAGCACAAACUGAACGUUGAUAACCUCAGCCCCAAAGAGCUGGACGAACUGGCUGAUGUAAUUUCCGACACUCUUCAGUUUGUGGAUGGGGAGAAACCAAGCAGCAGAAAGCUAGAAGCAGAGCGAGAGGAAAUUGACAUAAACCCAACAGAACCACAGGGAUCCCAAGAAAAUAAGGAAAUCGACAGCCUGUUUCAAGAUCAAGAGACAAAUGAAAGCGAUUCUCAGUCUGAAACGAAGGUUGAAGGAACAGGCCCAAAGGAUGGAUACCUCCCUGGUUUUACUGUAAACCCACCUAAACGAGAGUUUAUAUCUGAAGAACCGAUCAGCUCUGAACUGAGGUUUGGAGAUAUCAACUACAACUCUGAUGAUGAUGAAGAAGAAGAAAAAUAUGGGAUAGAAAAUGUUAAGAGCGAGACAUAUACAAGAGAACUAAAUGCUCAGAAGAAAUCUGCCGAAGACAUUGACUCCAGGGAGUUUAUAGAGGGGCAGCACUGGGUUGAAGAAAGCCUUGCGCAGGAUGAAAAAUCAUAUUUUGAAGAACCAAAUAAAGUGUAUGUGGAAGGGUUGCAGUUACAGGUGAAAUCUUCCAGUGGUGACAGAUACGGCUAUAUUGUAACCCAAAAAGUCCCUCUGACUGUGGCAAAAGGCUUGGAAUUAUUAAAUGAGGUGGCCUUGAUUCUCAAGCAUCAAAUGAAUGUCUUCAGCGAUGUCAGUGUCCUAGGGUCAGCUGUAAUGUUCCAAGUGAGCUCACAUGUUCGAAACCUAACAGCCGAAGAUGUGGCGAAUGCAGCAGCUGCCAACAAAGAUGCGCUUGAAAAAUCCACUGGUUUGAAAAUCCUGCAGACUGGAGUUGGGGAGAAAAGCAAGUUGAAGUUUUUGCCUCAUCAUUUAGAAGAAGAAGACACAACUAAAUUUAUUAUCCUAACUUUGAUCUCUAUCGCCUCUAUCAUCGGAGUCCUUACUGGUUCUGGAGUCAUCUACUGCUUGCGCCACCAAUCGCACCACAAGCUUAAAGAAAAGUUAUCAUCCUUGGGAUCUGACACCAAUACUGAUGCCACCCACACAUACCAGGAGCUUUGCCGGCAACGCAUGGCUGUCAAGUCUUCAGAUCGGCCAGAGGCCCUGCGCAGUUCUCGCAUCAAUAGCAUCUCUUCACAGUUCAGUGAUGGGCCAAUGCCAAGUCCUACAGCACGGAGCAGCACUUCAUCUUGGAGUGAGGAGCCGGUCCAAUCAAAUAUGGACAUCUCCACCGGUCACAUGAUACUGUCUUACAUGGAAGAUCAUUUGAAGAACAAGAAUCGCCUGGAGAAAGAGUGGGAAGCGCUGUGUGCUUAUCAAGCUGAGCCCAACGCAACAAACAUUGCGCACAAGGAAGAGAGCAUCUCAAAGAAUCGCUCUUCGACCGUUGUACCAUAUGACCACAGCAGAAUUAUACUGAAGACUGAGAACAGCCAUGAUAAUUCAGAUUACAUCAAUGCCAGUCCAAUUAUGGAUCAUGAUCCCAGGAACCCAGCCUACAUUGCAACCCAAGGACCUCUUCCUGCAACUGUUGCUGAUUUCUGGCAGAUGGUCUGGGAGAACGGCUGCGUGGUAAUUGUUAUGCUGACAUCCCUCACGGAGAAUGGAGUGAAGCAGUGCUAUCACUACUGGCCAGACGAAGGGUCCAAUCUCUACCACAUCUAUGAGGUAAAUCUGGUCUCUGAGCAUAUCUGGUGUGAGGAUUUUCUAGUGAGGAGUUUCUACUUGAAAAAUUUGCAGACCAAUGAGACGCGUACCGUCACGCAGUUUAAUUUCCUCAACUGGAAUGACCAGGGCGUGCCAGCUUCGACAAGGUCACUUCUAGAUUUCCGCAGGAAAGUUAACAAGUGCUACAAGGGGCGCUCCUGUCCUGUAAUAGUGCACUGCAGCGAUGGCGCGGGGAGAAGUGGAACUUAUAUUCUGAUUGACAUGGUACUCAAUAAGAUGGCGAAAGGUGCUAAGGAGAUUGAUAUCGCUGCUACCCUGGAGCACUUGAGAGACCAGAGACCUGGCAUGGUCCAGACAAAGGAGCAGUUUGAAUUUGCGCUAACAGCAGUUGCGGAGGAAGUGAACGCCAUCCUAAAGGCCCUCCCGCAAUAAGCAGUUGACCUCAGCAAGAAUCCCAGUGGAGAUUAUUUUCUCAACCCCUUUACCUGUCUCUGUAAAUGUUGUUGGAAUUGUGAUCUGGUGUGUACCAUGUACUGUAUUCGCAUAGAUGAUUGGGCCCGAAAUGCGAUGCUGCAAAGGGGCAAAAAAAAAAAUCUAUAUUCUGUUAAAGCUAUUCAUUGAAUUGUGUUGAUUUAAUGCUUAGAAAUCAUAAUGUUACAAACUCUGGUUUGGGCUAAUUACUGCUGAUCUGCCAACCCUUAGCAGCGGCUACUUUUCUAUAAGGAUAUUACACUAGUAAUGAAUUUAAGAAAUGACCCAGUGCCUUCCAAGGCUUUUCCUUUAUCAUUAAAAAAAGGGUAUUAUCAUGUUAUAGAGACAAUUUGUUGUAACGUUUGCUUGCAUUUUUCCAUUUCAUCUGAUAUUGCAGUAGGGUUUGUAUCCCUUUAAGCAGACGAUGAAGGAUUGUAGUACUAAUAGGAAAUAAUGAUGUCUGUUAGGCUACAUGCUGGAUAUUCCAAAUUAUGCUUUCUAAUUACACAAUGUUGCUCGUUUAUCAACAAUGAUUACAUUUCCACAAGCUGCAGUCACCUAUGGCAACCAAUUACAUUUUUGCUUUUUAUUAUUCUACCUGAAGAUGAAAAAAUAUAAAUUGGUUGCUAUGGGUUACUAACCACGUUCAAAUUUGCCCAUUGUUGGUGAACGAGCAACACCAUUUUUGUUAAGUCUACACAAUGGCCAGUGCUGUCCAACUUUUAUGGCACCGAGCACGGGAAUUUUUCUGGCCUACAUGGGGAAGGGCCGAUAAUUGAAGCUAGUUUUGACCACUCCCUGUUUUUAAACCACACCUACUUUAAACGGCACCUAUGUUACCACACAAACUUUGCCACAUUAAUGGUGGUAGCACACCAAAAAGCCAAAUGGUUGGUGCUCACUGCAGGGAUAUCACUCAUAAGUGAAACAAGUUUAUUAAACUGUAUGCUUCCUCCACCUUGGGGGCCCACCAACAACAGUUUCCAAAUGCUAACAAACCCCCAGAAAAAACUCUACCAGGUUCGCAUCCCACGUGUAGAGUAGGACAGACAGGGGGAGCAUAGGGCAGGCAGAGUAUGGCACACACAGGGAGCAUAGGGCAGGCAGAGUAUGACACAGACAGGAAGCAUAG